AUGCGCAUAAAAGCCCUUGUGGCACAUCGGAUGCUGCUAGUGCCCGUGACCGACCACUCACACACUUUCCAAUGGUUACUUGACGAGUGCAUACGCAGGGCAGGGAACCCAGAAUCCCCCAUACAGCACAGGGACCACACAGGAGAUAGUGCAGAUGCACAGGAAAGUGUUGACAAUAGUGAAUGGUGCUUGUAUACCAUAGACGGGUAUGAACUUUUUGCCUCAGAUCGCGUGCUGGAUGUGCUGGAGAAGGAUGACGAGGUCAUGGUUAUGCGAAAGGGAGGGAAAGGUGGUGCCUUUGCAUCGGAAGGUAUCAUUCCGAAUCUGUCAGAUGAUGGGGUAUAUGGUGCAGGUGUCAAUUUAAACACAUAUCUGAAUAUGGGCACUGGUUUACCAGGACAGGAUUCAAAUACAAGUACUAAUACAAAUAUAGAUGCAAAUGCAAAUGCAAAUGCAAAUGCAGGUGCAAAUGUAAAUACGAAUUCGAAUGGGAUGCCCAUCAAGCUACCGGGAGCUUCUGAUGUGUUUUCGGGUCGUUUGCCCGACGUUAGGGGUAGUGCGGAUCCUAGUUACAUGCCUAAUCUACCUCAACUGAAUGGAUCAAACAUGACUGGUAUGACGAAUGGAAGCAUACAGGGUGGUGUGAGUGGUUUAAGCGGCCGCCAGAGCCUGGGUAAUAUAGGUAAUAAUGUAAAAUCGAAUCACUCUACAGUCUCAAACGAUCCGGUGCACGCAUAUACUAGAAGCUCGAUACAUGAAAAUGUAGCAGGGAACAGUACUUUCUUAGACACUCAUAAUACAGAAACGCCGAACAUGAGUACGGGAGUAGAUGCUUCGAAGGGUGAACUGUAUAAUGUUGAACAACUGAUUUUGGAUCUGCAGGGACAGGGCUAUGAACUACCCGAGUCGGUGUGCGAGGUAGAUAAUAAUCUGAACGAGUUGAGUUUGCCGGUACCCCCACAAUCGCAGACACAGCCGCAACCGUACACCCAUGCAAACGCAGCCGAUACACAUACAGGUGCGAACGGAGGUGGUCUCGUACCACCUGUACACAAUGCCGGGAAUGCCGGUAGAGCCAGCGAUACCUAUGGAACACCUCUGGGCAACUUACGCACACCUCUGAGCUCACAGCCGGUUAUACACACCGGGCACGAAGCAACCCAUAAAGAUACGGAUACUACCACUGCCGAUAUACCUCUUGCGGGCCCGAGUAGCGUCCACCCUAACGCACAGGCAAAUACAACACAUAAUACAGGUCACAUACUAGUUCACUCACAUAGAUACGUCACACACAUACAGGAUCGCCCAGGCCGAUCAAGAAGGAAACCAUUCAGGAUUCUGCUGGUGAGGCACGGUGUCUCUACUGCGAAUCUGGACCCCUCGGUGUACGAGUAUACGCCGGACCACCGCAUACCCCUGGCACCUGAGGGUAAAACAAUGGCCAGGAAAGCCGGCGAGGCGAUAUCCAAGUACUUUUACGAAGUGUAUAAAGAUCCCACGAAUGCUGGACACAUCCGCAUGUGGCACAGCCCUUACUUACGAGCCGUUCAGACUGCAGAAGCUAUCCGAGACAGUUGCGGUCAGUGGAUCACAGAUGCACGCGAGAACCCUAUGAUCGCUGAGAUUGAUUACGGGCUGUUCGAGGGGAGGGGACGGACGUUUGCGCAAGAUCUGGGGAUGCAAAAGGAGCUCACCCACUACAAUCUGCGUGCGAUGCAUUCCGGGCGGUUUUGGGCCCGAUUUCCUCUAGGAGAGUCGCCUUUCGAUGUGUGCCAACGCGUGGCCAUGUUCAACGGCACCAUCGUCAGAGAUCGUGAUAACAGGGCAAACAAUAAACCGCCGAUUGAUACGAUUAUCGUUGUGUCGCAUGGCAUCACCUUGCGAGUCUUCAUGAAGAUGUGGUGCCAUCGAUCGCUUGAUUGGUACGAGAACGAAUGGAAUGGUAACAAUUGCUCUGUACGGUUGGUAACAUCAUCGGGCGAUAAUGGCUACAUGUUUAACGGCUUCGAUGCCCACGACUGUACUGUGGAGGCACCCGGGCCUUCUAGCUACUCCAAGUCUAGGACCCAGACCGCUCAAAAGGAACUCAAGAAAAGGCAAGGGUCUAUAGUGCUCAAUAAAAUCGACCUCCCCUCGUCACCCUCCCGUGGUCGGCGUGGAAGCUCCCAGCCCUCCAAUUCGGUAGUACGCACAAGAUCCCACGAGAAACAACUUAACAACGAGAGACAGCUCAACAGUAUAGUGGUGAAUCAGGUCACCUCCUAUCUCGAAUCACACUCAGGGCACAGUGCUUCGGUCAAUAGUGGCGGUCCUCUAGACAACAUUUCGGAAGGCAACGAUAACUCGGUACCAGAGACCCAACUAGAAAAGGAACUUGGAAGCUUGGGUAUGCGAUAUCGAUAA